AUGAGUAAUACCGAGGGAUAUGAAUCACCGAUGGAGCCGAUUAUACAUCAACAACAAACACCGAUACAAAACCGGAAUCAAAGUGUUGACAGGACCACUAAUAAACGUCCUAGAAGUUAUAGAUCACCAUCUUUUCAACAACAAACAGAUAAAAAUGGAAAAACAGAUUUUGUUUUGCAAUAUAUGACUCUUCGUACAACUAACUUGAAAAUAAUAUUUCCACCGAUUAUUGUUAAAUUUAAAGGCGACCAACAAGCUUCGAUUAAAGAUAUUACAGAUAAUCUAAUCUCAAAAUGGAAAAAUCAGCACGGUAUCGAUUUAACAAUAGCUGCACGUUUUGGUCAUCUGCAUUCUCUUCUUGUGCUUGCUGAUGACUCAUCGUCUUUCGAAUCCUUUUUAGAUUCAAGACGGUGGCCAAGAUUGCUGAAAGAUGUAGAUAUUGAAGUAAAAGUUCCACGUCAACUUCCUCCUGAAUAUUCACUUAUUAUUCACCAAUUCCAUCGUAAUUGGAAUGAAGAUGAAUGGCUAGUAGAAUUGCAACAACGAUAUGUCUCUUUAUACAAAAUUACAAGAGUGCGUGUGAAAGAUGGUUCAACAUUAAAUGCUGUUAUAGCCGAUUUUAACACAAUUGAAGAAGUCAGAACACUCAUUAAAUUGGGAAAAAUAAACGUGGGAAGUAUGACUCAUCCAGUGAAGCCAUGCCAUUUACCAAUACGUAUUAAUAAAUGCCUGAAGUGUUUACGUCAUGAUCACACGACAAAAAGCUGUUCUCGACCUCGUUUAUGCCCAAGAUGUGCUGAAGAACAUUCACUUGAACAUGGUUGUCCCAAUCACGAAAGGUGCACAUAG